CGCUUUUCUCUCUUAUCUCGCUCCCUACUCCUUAAUAACUACACCUUGCUCCCUACACCCUGUUCCUACACCAGCUCCCUACAUCUCGUCCCUACACCCUGUUCCUACACCAGCUCCCUACACCCUGUUCCUACACCAGCUCCCUACACCCUGUUCCUACACCAGCUCCCUACAUCUCGUCCCUACACCCUGUUCCUACACCAGCUCCCUACACCCUGUUCCUACACCAGCUCCCUACAUCUCGUCCCUACACCCUGUUCCUACACCAGCUCCCUACACCCUGUUCCUACACCAGCUCCCUACAUCCCGUCCCUACACCCCGUCCCUACACACUGCUCCCUACACCAUGCUCCUUACACCUUGCUAACUACACCAUGCUCCCUACACCCUGUUCCUACACCCCGCUCCUACACCAGCUCCCUACACCAGCUCCCUACACCAUGCUCCCUACACCAGCUCCCUACACCAUGCUCCCUACACCAGCUCCCUACACCCCGCUCCUACACCAGCUCCCUACACCAUGCUCCCUACACCCCGUUCCUACACCAGCUCCCUACACCAUGCUCCCUACACCCCGUUCCUACACCAUGCUCCCUACACCCCGUUCCUACACCAGCUCCCUUCACCAUGCUCCCUACACCCCGUUCCUACACCAGCUCCCUACACCCUGCUCCCUACACCUCGCUCCUACACCAGCUCCCUACACCAUGCUCCCUACACCAUGCUCCCUACACCCCGUUCCUACACCAUGCUCCCUACACCCCGCUCCUACACCAGCUCCCUUCACCAUGCUCCCUACACCCCGCUCCCUUCACCAUGCUCCCUACACCCCGUUCCUACACCAGCUCCCUACACCCUGCUCCCUACACCUCGCUCCUACACCAGCUCCCUACACCAUGCUCCCUACACCAUGCUCCCUACACCCCGUUCCUACACCAUGCUCCCUACACCCCGCUCCUACACCAGCUCCCUACACCAUGCUCCCUACACCCCGUUCCUACACCAGCUCCCUACACCAUGCUCCCUACACCCCGUUCCUACACCAUGCUCCCUACACCCCGUUCCUACACCAUGCUCCCUACACCCCGUUCCUACACCAGCUCCCUUCACCAUGCUCCCUACACCCCGUUCCUACACCAGCUCCCUACACCCUGCUCCCUACACCUCGCUCCUACACCAGCUCCCUACACCAUGCUCCCUACACCAUGCUCCCUACACCCCGUUCCUACACCAUGCUCCCUACACCCCGCUCCUACACCAGCUCCCUUCACCAUGCUCCCUACACCCCGCUCCCUUCACCAUGCUCCCUACACCCCGUUCCUACACCAGCUCCCUACACCCUGCUCCCUACACCUCGCUCCUACACCAGCUCCCUACACCAUGCUCCCUACACCAUGCUCCCUACACCCCGUUCCUACACCAUGCUCCCUACACCCCGCUCCUACACCAGCUCCCUUCACCAUGCUCCCUACACCCCGCUCCCUACACCAUGCUUCCUACACCCCGUCCCUACACCAGCUCCCUACACCCCGUCCCUACACCAUGCUCCCUACACCCCGUCCCUACACCAGCUCCCUACACCCGUCCCUACACCAUGCUCCCUACACCUUGCUAACUACACCCCGUCCCUACACCAUGCUCCCUACACCAUGCUCUCUACACCACGCUCUCUACACCUUGCUAACUACACCAGCUCCCUACACCCCGUCCCUACACCACGCUCUCUACACCUUGCUAACUACACAAGCUUCCCACACCUUGCUUCCUACACCCUGUUCCUACACCAUGCUCCCUACACCACGCUCUCUACACCUUGCUAACUACACAAGCUUCCCACACCUUGCUUCCUACACCCUGUUCCUACACCAUGCUCCCUACACCCCGCUCCUACACCAGCUCCCUUCACCAUGCUCCCUACACCCCGCUCCCUACACCAUGCUUCCUACACCCCGUCCCUACACCAGCUCCCUAUACCCCGUCC